UGAGCAUUCGGAACUUUUCAUGAUGGCGGAAAAUUUUCAUUUUGACCCAGAAAAGAAUUAUGAUGAGGCAACUCUGGCACAACAGUCUGAAAUUGAAAAGGAGAUUGCCAGGACUCAAGCCUUAAUCAGCAACAGAAUUAGCUUCGAUGAGUUCAGUGCUGAGUAUUCAGAGGAAGAUCAAAUUUACCUUCACAAAAUACAGGAUUUAAAAAAUCGUUUCUCAUGUGUGCGCAAAGUAAGAGGUGAUGGUAACUGUUUCUACCGAGCAUUUGGAUUCCGAUAUUUUGAAACAUUACUGGAAGACAAAUCAGAUUAUAACAGAUUUAAAGAAGUAGCCCAAAAGACAAGAGAUGGUUUAAUUCAAUUAGGAUUUCCAGAAUUUACUAUUGAUGAUUUUCAUGAAAAUUUCAUGGAUGUAGUGAACAAAUUGGAGACAUGUACAUUAGAUGAGUUACUACAAACCUUUAAUGACCAGGGACUGUCGGAUUAUCUGGUGGUCUUCCUAAGGUUGGUUGUUUCUGGUCAUCUGCAAAAGGAGGCUGAAUUUUUCAGUAAUUUCAUUGAAGGAGAAAGAGGAAUUAAGGAGUUCUGCAAUCAGGAGGUGGAAUUUUCCUAA